AUGAAUGAUACAGAUAUUAAAAUAGUGGAAUCUCCGAAAGAGUUGGUAGGAGUCGAGGUGUCCCCUGCGUCGGAGGUUAAUAACGAAAAUGAAACGGAUCCUUUGUCGAUUGACGAAGAAGUGGACGUGAAGCUCGAGCCUGCUGACGAGGGUGCAGAGAAAGAUGAAGUCUGUGAUGACAAUGCCAAAGAAACUGUAACCGAGCCUGAGAAGGAAACUAAUCACUUGGAGACCACUCAAACUAACGAAGUUACAGAUGAAAUAAAAGAGGACUGUACAGUGAAUGAGGAGGAAAAUGUGUCUACAGAAGUGGCAACUAAAGUAAAUGACAUUCAAGAGGAGAAAACUAUAGAAACACCUUCGGAAACUGCAGCUAAGGAACCGGAGGUUGUUGAUCGAGUUAUAGAGGUUGAAGACAGCCCCAAGGUUGUGGAAACGGAGAAGGUUGCCACCCCUGAUGUUGAAAUGACAGAGGUUCAGGUUGAUAAGGUUAAUAAAGAUCCCAAGCCCAGCAUACAAACUAUUAAUGGGGAUGUUUCUAAGGAAGAACAGUUGAACAAAAGAAGAGCCAGCCAAGAUAUAGACACUGAAUCUCCACUGAAGAAAUUAUGUGCUGAAGUCGAGAAGACGUUCCCUCAACAUGACGUGAUGAUAAACGAUUAUAUACAGACAGCUACCAAGAACAACGUGGACGAGAUACAGAGACACACGGAGCAGCUGCUGUCAGAGAUACAGACGCUGAGGGAACUUGCGCAGAAGAAGGAACACGAGUGGAAUAAUAUACUGCACCUCAAGAAGGUCAAGGAAGAAAUACUAUUGAGGCUGCUCAGGAGGAAACAGGUGCUGGCCUUUGAAAAGAGUGCUGACGUGAACGGCAGUGACAGAACCGAUCCCUUUGACUACCUCCAGGCCAAGAACCUGGCUAUCGACAAGAGCGAUGACAUCUCUGGCCUGGCGAUCAAACAGCCGGGCUCCGCGAUCGUCAACCCUAUCAUGCAGGCGCCCAUCAUGCCCGUGACGUCACACUUCAACCCCAUGUCAGGGCUGCCACCUCCCUAUGAUAAAGCGGCUCACAUGCAAUCUAUGCCCAAACCUAGCCAGCUAUUUCCUCAAGCGAUGAUGAUGCCGGGUCAUCUGCAAGGUUUCCCUAGAGAUAUGAAUGGUCAGCUGCCGUCCAGCUACGGCAUGCCGAUGGGCCGUCAAGGGCCGACCAAAGACGUGAAGAGUAUAAUCGCGGAUUACAGGCAGAGGAACCCAGAGGUAACUCCUCGCAGGGGCAGGCGGAUGAAGCCGAUCGUCAACCCUAACAUGAUGAACCAGCCGCGGCCCAUCGCGCCCAAGGUGGACGCCAUGAACAGUCUGAGUAACCUCAACAUGCUGUUCAAUAACUUGGACAUGAACCAGAAGGCCAUGAUAGAGCGCCUGCAGCAGCUUCAAGCGGGCGGUCUGGCCAACGGGAUAUCGUUCAAAGACGUGCUGGUGCAGGUCGCUAACAUGCAGAACAACGCGGGGCUCCUGGCGCGGACACACGACAUGAACCGGCCGGAGAGGCGGCGCCAGGAGAGGAACGACGACCCGCCCGCCCCAGCCGCGCCGCCCGCCCAGCCCGCGCCGCCCAAACAGACAGACAGACACGCAGCCUCCAGCCCCCGCCUGCCUCCGCCGCCGCCCUACCCGGAGAUAAGCCUCCUGCCUGUCACCACGGCGCAGGACGCGUCGCAGACACAACAGAACUCACUGCUACACGGAAUACUCACCAAGCUUGAAUGGGUGUUGCCAACCUUCCAGCAGGCGUCCCCCGCGUCUCAGUGUUACUCCCCGACGUUGGCUAAACUGCUGACGUCGCCGGAAAGGAAACAGAGCGCACCGCCGUUGCCAACGUUCGGUCAGGCCAAGAACUGCGGAGAAAUCACCAUCACGCCGGUGCAGCCCGCGACUACUGACAACGACAAGACCGAAGUGGUGCAACUAGAGGAGGAGGAAAGUGGUGCUUCUGAGGAGUCUGCGGGGUCAGCGUCCGCUGGCUCGGGCUCCGGCUCGGGCUCCGGCCGGCUGGUCAUUGAUGAAGGCACCGACGACGCUCCCACCUGCCAGGGAUGUCGCUCACGACUUGCGCAGUUCGUUUGUGCAGGUUGCGCAAACCAGUGGUACUGCUCUAGGGACUGUCAGGUGGCAGCGUGGGACGACCACUCUGAGAUGUGUUCGGGGUGA